AUGUCAUCUGCGGUAGCAGAGCUGGAUGGCUAUCUUCAAUCCAUGCUUGCACUGAAGCCCCCCGGUGUAUCUCGCUCGAAAAUCGACGGCAUUACCUCUCUCUGUACUGCCAACGUCCAGUGGGUUGAUUCUGCGCGCAAAGCUGGUCAGCCAACGGAUAGCAAUGCUCUAGAUGGCACAUUUGCUGCGGGUGUCAAGAGAGUUACCGAUUUACUUCCUGUGCUCAUGACCGAUAUAAUAAACAAUGCUCCUGAAGAUCAAAAGGACAAAAUCAGAAAGUUGGUGGAUAUUUGGGAGCGCGGAGCCACCUUUCCAGCUGCCAUGCUCUCAUCUUUCAAGCAAAAGCUCAAUGCACCAGUAUCUCAGAAUGUUCAAUCUACCACUCCCGAAGGAUCACCAGCACCCGGUUUCAAUCCCCUUCUAGGAUUAACACAGCAGCCGCAGCAAGGAGUUCCAGCUGUUAGCUCGACUCCAACUCAAGCAGUACCAGACACCUCAAGCAUUUUGAAAGCUUUAGCAGAUAUGGCAAAACAAAAUACGGCGGCUGCACCAACUAUUCCUACUCCCGCUCAAACUAGUUCCAAUAAUGUAUUAAAUGCGCAGAGUACAGCUCCCGCUCCGAUCUCUUCGUCUGUAGAACAGACUGCGCCACAACCAAACGGGCAAGCUGUAAACCCGUAUGCUGGAAAUCUUGCCGCUCAGUUUGCAGGCUUGAGUAAUCUCGCCCCAAAUAUGUUUCCAAACCAAGCACAGACACAACCACUUGCUCCGCACAAUCCGCUCGCUGCGUUGCUACAGCCGCAGCAGUUGCCGUCACUGCCGCCGCAACAGCAGCAGCCUCAAUCAGCCCCUAGCAAUAUCACUCCUGAAGCGUUACAGCAGCAACUUGGCCUUAUCCAGUUGCUAGCCGCGCAAGGCAUUCCACAAGACCAAUGGGCAACUGCAUUGCAAAUUUUAAGCCUUUCCAGUACUGCAAAUGCCGGCAUGGGCGCACUUAACCCCGCGGCCAUGCUGUCUGCCUUUGGCCAGCCGGCUGCCCAGAAUGCAUGGGGCGCACCAGCCCAUGACACAUCAUCACGUGACAGAGAUCGGGAGAGAGAAAGGGAUCACGAUUAUAUGCGAUCUCCUCCGAAUCAAUUCCGCCGUCGUUCCCGUUCCCCUGGAUGGGAAAGGCGUCGUGAGGCAUCUCCUCCUCGCCGUCGUGAUAGCCCUGUGUAUGGAGAGUACCAUGGCGAGUCUCCCGGCCGCAAUCGGGCCGAUGGCCGAGAUGGACGUGGUGGUCGUCGUGGUAAUGAUUAUCGCCAACGUAGUCCCCCAGGAAGACGUCGCCGUAGUCCGUCACCUCCUCGUAAGGACAGUUCGCUACCUCCUCCAGGGCCGAAACACGUCGAAUGGGAUUAUUCUAUUGGACAAGGAAAUAUCAAAGUUUUAAGUCGAACCCUGUUCGUUGGCGGUGUUACGGCAUCCGAGUCGCAUCUCCGCUCACUCUUCAGCCGAUAUGGGGCUGUUCAGACGUGUAUUGUCAACAUUGAUAAGCGCCAUGCCUUUGUGAAAAUGGUCACCCGCCGCGAUGCGGUGACUGCCCGUGACGGAAUGGAACAGUACAAGUCUGGAGACAUGCAACUUAGAACGCGCUGGGGUGUGGGAUUUGGCCCAAGAGAUUGUAGCGACUAUCAAACCGGCAUUAGUGUUAUUCCCAUCGAACGACUUACAGAAGCCGAUCGGAAAUGGAUGCUUACAGCCGAAUACGGAGGCACCGGUGGAAAACCGAUCGAGAGCGGCAUGGUCGUCGAAGAGCCUGACAUCGAAAUCGGCGCAGGAGUGUCCUCAAAAGCCAUCAGUCGAAGAAUGGCAACGGACCAAGGAGGCAAACGCGGCCCUCAAUCAAGCCGGCCACCAUUUGAACAACCUCGAUUCCGCCGUCAAGAACGUGGUUCAGAUGAUGGACCUGGUAGCGAUCGCGACCACGACAAUUCCAGCGCCAAUAACGUUGCUGUCCCACCAGCUGUCCCCGGUUUCGGUUUCCAGCUCCCUGGCAUGCCAAUGUUUCCUCCUGGCUUCAUGAUGGGCGGUGCGCAGCCAGCCUCGUCUACGACGACCCCUCAGCCUCCUGCGCCCGGUUCAGGAAGUUGA